AAGGGGUAAUUUAGCAGCCAUUGGAUUCAAUUCAUUUUCAGGAAUCAAACGGCGUCGAGCCAGUAAAACUAUCUGCGCUAUAGCUACACGAUGUCGGGAAGCGCCGACGGCGGCCCACCGGAGGUGACUUUGGAUACCUCCAUGGGACCUUUCACAGUCGAGAUGUAUUACAAGCACGCUCCGAAGACUUGCAGGAACUUUGUUGAGCUCUCUAGGAGAGGUUAUUACGACAACGUCAAGUUCCAUCGGAUUAUCAAGGAUUUUAUCGUUCAAGGCGGUGAUCCGACAGGAACCGGAAGGGGUGGUGAAUCCAUUUACGGUCCUAAGUUUGACGAUGAGAUAAAACCUGAGUUGAAGCAUACUGGAGCGGGCAUACUAUCAAUGGCAAAUGCUGGUCCUAACACAAAUGGUAGCCAAUUUUUUAUAACAUUGGCACCAUGUCAGUCGUUGGAUGGAAAACAUACAAUUUUUGGAAGAGUUUGCAGGGGGAUGGAAGUUAUUAAACGUCUUGGAAGUGUGCAAACAGACAACAGUGAUAGGCCAAUACAUGAUGUGAAGAUACUAAGAACAGUAGUCGAAGAUUGAAGUGCUAAAGUUGCAAGGCAAAGGAAAAUCCGAGAAGCAUUUUAUGCUGCAUUAACAUGUGCCAGAUACUAUGCUACGAGUGGCCUUGUAAGGUUGCCAAAUCAUGGAGCCUUGAGAUUCUAUUUAGAGAACUUGUUUUUAAAAUUUUCUCGUAUCUAGUUUGACUUCCCAUUUACUUGAGAAUUCUGCUCGUCUCACAUUUUCACCCUUCCAUUCGGAUACUAGCUCAUGUUGAAUACUCUAACUGAUUUUGGAGAAUUUUUCAGUGUCUUAUCCCUUUGCAUGUGUCUUAUUUCUUCCAUGGAGACCUUCCUGAUGUAACUCUGUUAUCCACGUGAAGUAAUUCUUUUGCUCGUGUACAGAUUAGCAAUAA